CAAACAUGACCUCCUACGAGAUCCUGCAGAUGGAUUUUGAGAUCGACAACGCCAGCAGCCUGGCGGGGGCCCAGCAGAUCACCUGGCAGGUGGAAUAUCCACGGGACGACUCCGUCAGCGAGCUUGUGGUGUCCGAGAUCUUCGUCAGCCAAACGAUGUUCGUGGGAAUCGUCCCCCUUGCCAUGGACACGGAAAUCCUCAACACAGCCAUCCUCACGGGCAGGAUGGUGGCUGUUCCAGUCAAGGUGGUCGCAGUGCAGGAGGACGGCUCCGUGCUCGACGUCUCGGACUCCACCGAGUGCAGAUCUGCUGAUGAAGACGUCAUAAAGGUUUCUGACAGCUGUGACUCCAUCUUCGUUAAUGGCAAGGAAAUGAAGAGCAAAGUGGAUACGAUUGUUAACUUCACUUACCAGCAUUUUACCACCCAGCUGGAAGUGACGGUCUGGCUUCCCAGGCUCCCGCUGCAGAUUGAGAUCUCUGACACAGAGCUCAGCCAGAUCAAAGGCUGGAGGAUUCCUGUCACCUCCAACAAAAGGCCCACCCGCGACAGCGAGGAUGAGGAGGAUGACGAGAAGAAAGGCAAGGGCUGCACCCUGCAGUACCAGCACGCCUUGGUGAGGGUCCUGACCCAGUUUGUGGCCGAAUCCUCGGAGUUUGGGGGCCAGCUGAGCUACCUGCUGGGCUCGGAGUGGCAGUUCGACAUCACCGACCUGGUGGCCGAUUUCAUGAAGGUGGAAGAGCCCAAGGUUGCCAGGCUGCAGGAGGGCCGAGUGCUGGCUGGGCGUGAGCAGGGCAUCACCACGGUGCAGGUUCUGUCCCCUCUCUCGGACUCCAUCCUGGCAGAGAAGACAGUGAUUGUUCUGGAUGACCGGGUGACCAUCACAGACCUGGGGGUGCAGCUGGUGUCAGGCUUGUCUGUGUCCUUCCAAACCAGCAAAGGAAAUAAGAGAGCCCUCGUUGCUACCACCUCUGCCCACGACAUCCUGCGCACCCCCAAACAGGAGGCCGUGGUGAGUGCCUGGGUUUUGUUCAGCGACGGGUCGGUGACGCCCUUGGACAUCUACGACUCCAAGGACUUCUCCAUCUCCAUCACGUCCCUGGAUGAGAUGGUGGUGUCGUCACAGCAGAGCCUUCAGUCCCUCUGGCCCGUCGUGGUGGCCGAAGGGGACGGGCAGGGGCCUCUGAUUAAAAUCGAGAUGGUCAUCAGUGAGACCUGCCAGAAAACCAAGCGCAAGAGCGUCCUGGCUGUCGGGAAAGGAAACGUCAAGGUGAAGUUUGGCCAGAAAGAUUUGGACCAAAAAGGGAGCAGCAACGACAUUGAUGACCUGGAGAAAGAUUUUAAAAGCCAUGCAGGCAACGCUAUAGAGAAAGCUGCAGAACAAGAGAGGACAGCACAAGACUGGUCCAAAAACCACGAGGACGUGUCCGGUCCUGAGGACAAUGCAAACAAAAGCACAACUUUCAUAUCUCCCGUUGAUCAGGAGUCCCUGGAGGAUGGGCAGCUUCAAAACAACCCAACUGCCUUCACAGGUUUCCCUACCCAAGUAGAAAUUCCAGGAGAAAACAAUCCCAGCGAUCUCUCAUUGACUUCCAGGGGAUUGACAGACCUGGAGAUCGGCAUGUACGCGCUGCUCUGUGUUUUCUGCUUAGCAAUCUUGGUCUUUUUGAUUAACUGCGUGGCAUUUGCUUGGAAGUACAGGCACAAAAGGUUUGCUGUGAGUGAGCAAGGCAACAUCCCCCAUUCCCAUGACUGGGUCUGGCUUGGAAAUGAGGUGGAGCUCCUGGAAAACCCAGUGGACAUUUCGCUCCCGUCGGAGGAGUGCACUACCAUGAUUGACAGAGGGAUGCAGUUUGAAGAAAGCAAUUUUCUCCUUAAUGGGAGUUCUCAGAAGACUCUUCAUAAUCAUAUCCUCAGAUCUUCUGAGUACCUUUGUGAAAAAGAAGUUAAAAGUGAACCUAUAAAUCCUUCUGGGCCAAAGCAGAAGCGAGUAAAGUUCACUUCAUACACAACAAUACUGCCGGAGGAUGGAGGCCCCUACACCAACUCAAUUCUAUUUGACAGUGAUGAUAAUAUUAAAUGGGUAUGCCAAGAUAUGAAUCUUGGUGAUUCCAAGGAACUUAGGGACUAUAUGGAAAGACUGCAAGACAAUAUGUAAAACUACUUUCUUAUGUUUGUAAUCACCUUUAUGCCUUCUGUUUAUGGAUGGUGGAGCAGUCAGUCCAGUCAGCAAUAGGAACAAGACAGUCCAACCCUGGAGGUACUGAGAUGAUAACCUGAUAUCAGAGAGCAGGUCCAAGAGGCUGGCUGAGUUAAUCCUGUUUCACCACAAACCAGGAUGUGCCCCUAAAACAGCUCCCUGUAGGUGUUGGAGGUGUCACACACACGAUGGCUGUUUUUUGUAUACUGCCUGGUACUAGCAAAAUGCUAAUCCAACUGCGCUCCGGCUCACAGGAGACUUCAUUUGUUUGCCAUCUCUCAUGAUAAAUGGUAAAUCAGAAAAGAAAGGGAUGUUUGUUUGCAUUGAUUUUUUCUAGUCGUCGUCCUUUGUAAAGCACAGUGGACAUUUCUUGCUUACAGCCUGAGAGGAGGCUCACGGAAAAAGGGAUCGGAAUGAAUCUCAUUUUAUUGCCUGUGUGCAAUGCAGCCAAGUAGUCUUAUUAUUUUUUACAGAUAUAAAAACCCCCAUGUGGUUAAUUUCUUCUUAUAUUGUUUGUGAAUUUUAUUUGACUUAGGGAACAUUAAAUAUUUUCUUUGAAGGGUUUUUUUUUUUUUUUUUUUUUUUUGGUUGUACCAAAGUGUAGUACAGUAAUAUUUAUAAUGAUUUGAGUUUUUUAUUCAUCUGCUUCAGCCCCCAGAGAUACCUCCUUCAUUGCUGGUUAUCUUCCUCCUUUCCAUAUGGGUCGUUAGUAUUUGAAACAUAGAAAGGAAUUAGAACUCUUACUGGGAAAGGGUUGUGUCUUCUUACAGGGAACUGUAAAUAUAAUAAUAAACCCUGGAAAAUAAAAAUCAAGGAGUAGCCCCGGGUUCACUUUUGUCAUUGCUAAUA